AUGCUCCUGCGUGCCUGCCUGUGCCGCCGUGCGUCCACCCCUUCAGUCCUCUCACGGUGCGGUGGCAGCGGUGAGGGUGUGGGGAGCACACGCGCUGGCGGGCAUGGGGGGGCAGCGGAGGGCGCGGAGGGGCAUGGUGCAGGCGGGGGGCGUGCACGCGCUGCUGGCGCUGCUGGGGGAUGCCCUGGCGGGGGAGAGGAGCCUGGGGCGGGGGAGAGGAGCCCUGGGGCGGGGGAGAGGAGCCCUGGGGCGGGGGAGGGGCGGGUGAGGGAGGAUGGGGAGGAGGAGUUGCUUGGAGUGGGAAGGGGAGGAGCCGGUGAGAAGGGGGGAGAAGGGGGUUGGGGGGACGAGGAGCGAGGUGGAGAGGGCGAGUGGAGUGAUGGGGGGAUGGGGGAGAAGAGGGCGAGGAGGGGGAAGGACAGCAGAGCCACCUCGCCUCAGCAGCCGUCAGUCACUCUUCCUUCCUCCACUCCUGCUCUCCAUUCUGCCCAUCGCGCCCCGCCCCCCUCCCACCUGCCUCGCAUGCUACUGGCACAGCUCACAGCAGCGACAGCCGUGGGUCUGCUGGCCUGCCACACCGACCCGCCGCUCCCCCUCCUGCCCGCCGACGCCACCCCUCUCCUCCUCACCAUGCUGCUCCGCGCCGCUGCUGCCCUUCCCUGUAACCCCCCCUCUCACUCCACCCUCCCACCCCCUGCUCCCUUCCUACCUCCUCCCCUCUCCCCUUUGACCCACGUUCUUCCACCCUGUCCUCCCCCCUCGCCCCCCUCCGCGCUGCUGCACUCACUCAACACGCGCAGGCAGCAGGUGGCGCGCGAGGUGCUGCUGCUGCUGGCGCGCUGUGGGCAUGGCAAGCAGGAGCGCGAGGAGGGGGGUGAUGGUGAGGGGGAGGGCGCAAGGGCAGUGGUGGGGGAGGUGGUGCGGGCGCUGAGAAGCACGGUGGGGCGGGUGGAGCGGGCAGGAUGGAUGCAGGGGCUGCAACAAGGGCAGCGCACAGGAGGGGAUGGGGAGAGGGAGAAGGAGCAUCGGCAGGGCACGCACGAGCAGCAGGAGCAGGAGCGGCAGUGGUGGAGGGGGGAAGUGCGGGUGGUGCAGCAGCAGGCGGCAGUGGUGGAGGUGCUGUGUGAGGUGGCGGGCACUGCAACCGGGCUGCAGGCUGCUGUGGCAGGCGGGGCCGUGCACGCUGUGAGCGCCGUGAUGGCCGUGACACAGCGAGAGGGCAGUGAGCGGCUGCAUGGCGAACAGCAGAAUGGCGAGGAGGUGCAUGGGAGCGGGGCAGUGGGAUGGGGGACUUACAGAGGGAGGCGUGAGAGUGAUGAGGAGGAGCGGGGUGAGGAGGGGAAGAGUGGCGAUGAGGGGAGAGUGGGGGAGGGGGAAAGGGAGACAGUGGGGGCUGGUGGUGAUGAGAGUGGGGGAGACUGGGGAGCGUUGAUGAUGGCAGUGAAGGGCGAGGAGGAUACGGUGGAGGAGGAUGAGCAGGAGAACGAUGAUGAAGAAAGAGAGGAGGGUGAGAUUGCAGAGGGUGGGGAUGGGUGGAGUGAGGAGAGUGAGGAGAGCGAAGAGGACGAGACGCCUCUGUGGCAGCUGUGGCAGAUGCAUAUUGACGGGCAUGUGCAUGGGCAUGUGGAUGGGCAUGGUGAUAUAGGUAGGCUUGCUGCCAUGGGCUCUGAUGAUGGGGAGAGUGGGAGUGACACUGACAUGGAUGAGGGGGAGGAGGGGGAGGAGGAGAGUGAGGAGGAGGAGGAUGAGGAGGAGGAUGAGGAGGAGGAGGAGGAGGAGGAGUGGGGAGGAGAGGAAGCUGGGGAAACGGAUGGGGAGGGCGAGGAGGGGGGAGAAGAGGAGGGGUGGGGAGGGCAGCGCGGGGAGGCUGGGCGUUCACAGGUGCAGCUGAGGCUGCUGCAGACUCUGUUUGAGGGGGGCCUGGGCCAUGGGGCAUGGGCGAGUGAGAGCGGUAGUGAGGAUGAAGGUACUGAGGAGAGCGAGAGUGAGGAGAGUGAGAGUAGAGAGGGCGAGGGAGAGAGUGAGAGUGAGGAGAGUGAGGAGAGCGAUGAGGAAAAUGAGGAGCAUGAGGAGAUGGAGGGAGAUAGUGAGGACGAGAAGGGCAAUGGCAAGAGUGGAGAGGAGAGUGAGCGAGGGGGUGCGGAUCUGAGUGAGGGGGAGGGCAGGGGCAUGGCAGGGGAGGGGAGUGGCGCGGGCGAGCACUGUGCGUCUGCUGCUGUUGAUGACAGGCGGGGUUCUGGAGAGGAUGCGGUGGAUAUGGAGAUGGGGGGGGUGGGGGGGCGGGGGAUUCAUGGGCGAUGGUGGGCAGGUGGAGUGGAUGAGGAGAGGAAGGCUGUUGAAUCCCGCAUCGAUGGCUCUGAUGGUGCUGAUGGCGCAAUUGCAGUAAACUCGGCGGCGGUGGUGGCAGCAGCACAGGGGGUUGAGCGGGAGGGAGAAGCGAUUGGCAGGGGCGAUGGUGGCAAGGGACAACGGUGCGUGGAGGACGAGCAUGGUGUCAGGAGCUGUGGUGCGAGGUGCAGUGUGGUGGCCGUACGUGAGGGAGAGCGCGGAGAGAAUGGGCAAGUAAUGAAGCGGCAGGGUGGGGCAAAGCGGAAGGCCGAGGAAGAGGAGGGGGUGGGGUGUGAGGGAUGCAAGAGCGCUGCUGUGGCUGUGUGCAGGGAGAGGGGCAAGGAUACGUCAGUGGAAGGGGAAGAGAGGUUUGGGGGGAACAUACGGGGGAAUGGGCGAGGGCUGGAAGAUGCGUGUGGAGGGGAGGGAGCGGCAGCAGCAGCUGCAUCAGCAUCACAGGCAGGGGCAGAGCAGGGUGGGUCGGAGAAGCAAGGGGCAUGGAGGGCAGAGGAAGUGGAUGCACUGAGGGAGGAGGGCCGGCGCGAGCAGAGCCUGCUGUGGCGGCGCUGCCUGCACCUGCUGGCUCUGCUGUCCUCCGAUUGGACGGCCUGCUCCCACGUGGUGCAUGCCGGCCUGCUGCCUGCCCUGCUGCAAGCCAUUGCCCGCCACCCUUGGCAGCGCCACCCUGAGGUGGGCGCUGAGGGCACUGAAGGCACUGUGCUGGGCAGAGGUGGGAAGGGAGCGGCAGCGGUGGAGGUGGUGAGCAACGUGGUGAGGGUGCCGUGGCUGAGGCACACGGCUGCAGAGGCAGGCGCGCUGGCAGUCAUGCAGAGGGCAGCACGGCUCAUGCAGGCGCGGGGCAGGAUGGUGCAUGCUGAGGUGAGGAGGCAUGCGGUGCAGGCGAUGAUGCGGCUGUGCGAUGUUAAGUAUGCCGUGCACGGCUGA